GCGCGGCGGUUGAGGAGGAGGAGGAGGAGGAGGUGGUGGGAGGGGGGGGGUGAGAGUUGAGAGUUCAGCCGCCGCCGUCGCUGCCGCCAGCUCGGACUCAUGAUUCCCAUAUGCCCGGUAGUUUCGUUCACCUAUGUGCCCAGCCGGCUGGGAGAAGAUGCCAAAAUGGCCACCGGCAACUACUUUGGAUUCACCCAUAGCGGUGCUGCUGCUCAAUAUAGCCAGCAGCCAGCUUCGGGUGUAGCAUAUUCCCAUCCAACUACAGUGGCUAGCUACACUGUCCACCAGGCACCAGUUGCUGCUCACACAGUUACUGCAGCCUACGCUCCAGCAGCAGCUACGGUUGCAGUAGCCAGGCCUGCUCCAGUAGCAGUUGCAGCUGCUGCAACUGCUGCGGCAUAUGGAGGCUAUCCUACAGCGCACACAGCUACAGAUUAUGGCUAUACACAGAGGCAACAAGAAGCUCCGCCACCACCACCUCCUGUCACUACGCAGAAUUACCAGGAUUCCUAUUCUUACGUUCGAUCUACUGCCCCGGCUGUAGCAUAUGACAGCAAGCAAUAUUAUCAACAGCCAACAGCAACUGCUGCAGCUGUGGCUGCAGCUGCCCAGCCUCAACCUUCAGUGGCAGAGUCAUAUUACCAGACAGCUCCGAAGGCAGGAUAUAGCCAAGGAGCAACUCAAUACACUCAAGCCCAGCAAACACGACAAGUAACAGCUAUAAAACCUGCAACCCCAAGUCCAGCGACAACUACGUUUUCUAUAUAUCCUGUAUCCUCUACUGUGCAGCCAGUAGCAGCUGCAGCUACUGUUGUUCCAUCCUAUACUCAAAGUGCAACAUACAGUACAACAGCGGUUACUUACUCUGGUACCUCUUACUCUGGCUAUGAGGCUGCAGUGUAUUCAGCUGCAUCAUCCUAUUAUCAGCAGCAGCAGCAGCAACAGAAACAGGCAGCGGCAGCAGCUGCUGCUGCUGCAGCAACAGCCGCUUGGACAGGGACCACCUUUACUAAAAAGGCACCAUUCCAAAAUAAGCAACUGAAACCAAAACAACCCCCCAAACCACCCCAGAUCCACUACUGUGAUGUUUGUAAGAUCAGCUGUGCUGGACCACAGACUUACAAAGAACACUUAGAAGGUCAGAAACACAAGAAGAAAGAAGCGGCAUUAAAAGCAUCCCAGAACACCAAUAGCAGUAGCACUUCUGCUCGAGGAACUCAGAAUCAGUUGCGCUGUGAGCUUUGUGAUGUGUCUUGUACAGGAGCAGAUGCAUAUGCUGCCCAUAUCCGUGGAGCCAAGCAUCAGAAAGUAGUAAAAUUGCACACAAAACUUGGCAAACCCAUUCCUUCAACUGAACCAAACGUGGUUACGCAGGCUACUUCCUCAACAUCCACAUCUGCUUCCAAACCAGCUGCCUCUGCUUCAAGCAUAGCAACUAGCAGCAGUACUGUGAACUCCUCUGUUGCAUCCUCUGCGGUGAAAAUUCUUACUCCCACGGCAAACACACCACUUAACACAGCGUCCAACAACAAAACAUCUUCAACUGCUGCUAAUAUAGCAGUAAAGAAAAUAUCAACACCGAAAAUAAACUUUGUUGGCAAGUACAGAAGUGGCAAUAAGCUUCAGACAACAGGAAGUAAACUGGAAGAAAUGAAAUCAGCUGAAAGUGUUAAAACAACUCCUACUGCCACGGUACAAACACAGGAAGUGAAACCAGACACAGCAGCUGAACCAGUGACUCCUACAACUCUUGCUGCCUUGCAAAGUGAUGUCCAGCCAGUGGGACAUGACUAUGUGGAGGAGGUAAGAAACGAUGAAGGAAAGGUGAUCCGCUUUCACUGCAAACUUUGUGAAUGCAGUUUUAAUGACCCUAAUGCCAAGGAGAUGCACUUAAAAGGAAGGAGGCACAGACUCCAGUAUAAGAAAAAAGUAAACCCAGAUCUGCAAGUAGAAGUGAAGCCCAGCAUUCGAGCAAGAAAAAUUCAGGAAGAAAAGAUGAGGAAACAGAUGCAGAAAGAAGAAUACUGGAGAAGGCGAGAAGAGGAAGAACGCUGGAGGAUGGAAAUGAGGCGAUAUGAAGAGGACAUGUACUGGAGGAGAAUGGAGGAAGAGCAGCAUCAUUGGGAUGACCGUCGUAGAAUACCAGAUGGAGGAUAUCCUCAUGGUCCUCCAGGACCUCUUGGCCUGCUGGGAGUUAGACCAGGAAUGCCUCCUCAGCCCCAAGGGCCAGCUCCUCUGCGUCGCCCUGACUCCUCAGAUGACCGCUAUGUGAUGACCAAGCACGCAGCAAUAUAUCCAACGGAGGAGGAACUUCAGGCAGUCCAAAAAAUCGUUUCUAUUACUGAGCGUGCUUUGAAACUUGUUUCUGACAACAUGACUGACAAUGAGAAAAAUAAGAGCAAAGAGGGAGAGGACAAAAAGGAUGGCAGUAAAGACAGAGCUUUGAAAGGAGUUUUGCGGGUAGGUGUUUUGGCUAAAGGCUUGCUGCUCCGUGGAGACAGAAACGUCAAUCUUGUUUUGUUAUGUGCUGAGAAGCCUUCAAAGACAUUACUCUGUCGUAUUGCUGAAAGUCUUCCCAAACAACUCGCAGUAAUAAGUCCUGAGAAAUACGAUAUCAAGUGUGCAGUCCCAGAAGCAGCAAUAAUUUUAAAUUCAUGUGUGGAACCCAAAAUGCAAGUUACUAUCACACUGACAUCUCCAGUCAUUCGGGAGGAGAACAUGAGGGAAGGAGAUGUAACCUCGGGUAUGGUGAAAGACCCACCGGACGUCUUGGACAGGCAAAAAUGCCUUGACGCUCUGGCUGCUCUACGCCACGCUAAGUGGUUCCAGGCUAGAGCUAAUGGUCUGCAGUCCUGUGUGAUUAUCAUUCGUAUUCUUCGUGACCUCUGUCAGCGUGUUCCAACUUGGUCUGAUUUUCCAAGCUGGGCUAUGGAGUUGCUUGUGGAAAAAGCAAUCAGCAGUGCUACUGGACCACAAAGCCCUGGGGAUGCACUUAGAAGAGUUUUUGAGUGUAUAUCUUCAGGGAUCAUUCUUAAAGGUGGUCCUGGCCUUCUGGACCCUUGUGAAAAAGAUCCUUUUGAUACACUUGCUGUAAUGACAGAUCAGCAACGGGAGGAUAUUACUUCAAGUGCACAGUUUGCACUGAGACUCCUUGCAUUCCGUCAGAUUCACAAAGUUUUAGGAAUGGAUCCGUUACCACAGAUGAAUCAACGCUUCAACAUCCAUAACAAUCGUAAAAGGAGAAGGGACAGUGAUGGGGUUGAUGGAUUUGAAGCAGAAGGAAAAAAAGACAAAAAGGAUUAUGAUAACUUUUAAAAAGCUUCGUCUUUUUUGAUGAGAUUGAAGGUGAUAAACUAUCCAUUUGUUGCCUUGUUUUUACUCCAUGCAUAAUAAUGUCUGUUUAAAACAUCCAAAACCAAUGCAGAAAUUAGAUUUGGAUGAGGGUCAUCUAGCUCUGCUGUGAGAUUCUGAACAUUGUGAUGGAUGUGCUGUAUCAGACAAAUUAUGAAUGGAAAGACUACAAAUGGAAACUAUCGUAGGAAAAAGAAUAGUUCUGGGUUCUUUUUUCCCUCAUAGCGUUUUCUUUAGAAGUAUUGCUAACUUCAGUAACUCGUUAUUUUUUUUGUCUUUUUUUUUUUAAUGAACAAGUGCGUUGUCUUGACUGUAUUUAACACAGCAUUUGUGCUUUUGUUGCGAUGUGUAUUUUGACAUUUUAUUUAGAAGGUUUUUUGUUUGCUCUUGACACUAGUUGUGUAAGUUACUUUGUGUUCAAUAGGAUAAACUGUUCCCCUCCCAAUUAAUAUUUUACAAAUUUUUUUUGUAAAGUGAGACUGCAGGAUUAUGGUUUUUUUUCUAAAUGUGAAGGGGUUCCAACGCAAUUAGCCUGCCGUUUGAGUUAAUUGUUUUUUGCCAAUCUUGUGGCAUUUGUCUUAGUGUGAUAUAACAUUGUAAUUAAGACAAAUUUGUGUUAAUCUAAGCAAAUUUGCUGUUAGUUGUGCAUUAGCAGUAUAAAAGCUAAUAUAUACAGUAUGAUCUUGCAACAGUUUUAAAGCAGCCGCAUAACUGAUUAAAGUUUUGCAUGAUGUUUGUUUUUAAUAGAAGGGCUUUAAAGACUAUUAUUUUAGGUUAAAUGCGUAGUUCUUUGUAUGAUUGACUUUGUGACAUAGCAAGGCCAAAAAAUAACUUUCUGACUUUCUUUUCCGAACAUAUAAGCAGAAGCAGGCAUUUUCCAUUUGGACAGAGUUAAUCAUUCUUUUCCAUCAACUUUUGGCAACAUGGUAUUAAUGCCUCUCAGUCCUUAAAAAAUAAAUGUUUGUCAUAUUGGUGCCUGUGAGGUUAUUCCUUAUAAGCUAUUUCUGUAUAAAACUUCUGUGGCUUUUUUUUUUCCCCCCCAUAAUUCAAACUUUAAAACUGAAGUAUUGAUAAGUGGACGUUAUCAAAGAAAAUACCCAGAAAAUUAUUUGGUGUGACCAUAGUGUAUGCUUAUGUCUCUUUUAAAAGGCUAAAAUAUAGCAGUGGUGUAAGUCACAUCAUACCAUUGACGUAUGCUCUGAUACACAGGUGUGAUUUGUUGUCACAGCACUACAGUGGAAAUACGCAAAUAAAAGCUAAGAUUUAUUAAAUGACUAAAAUUAAUUACACACUGGAAACUGAAGUUUCACUUACUCUGUUCAAUGUUUAUUACAGUUGUUUUGCAAACCCAUGAAACACAGAUUACCACGGACUAACAUGCUGGUAACUGCUUUAUCAGUGGCUGAUGAGAGUAUCAGGUGUCACAAAGAUAACUCGUCAUUUCUGAUGAUGUUCAUUAAGAAAGCCUUCUGUUGCAGCUUGUGGUUGAAUUAAUCUUUGACCUUUUUAAGUAAAUAAAUCUUGGAGUAGGACAGUACUUCUUUUUCACAGCAAUUGCUGCUGACAGGGUGAAUCUGAGGAAUAGGAGUAAGAGAUCAUAGGAAGUAGACAGACUCUUGAAGAAAAAAUGAAAUGCAGUGUUCUUAAAACAUCAGAGUAUAAGUUUAAGAGGACUGUGUGUGAGUGGUUAGUAAACAAGGAAAGCUUUCUCAUGGUAGGAAACAUCUUUUAAAUAAUCUCAGUAUCAGGAAAACAAUAAUUAGCAUGUGCUUUAAGAUUGCUUUAAGAAAAGAUUAGGCUUGUUUCUAUAGUCCAGCUUUGAGGUGUAGCUUCCAAGCAUGUGCUUGUUCUUGGUCCUUUUUUUGUUUUUUGAAGGGGGAUAUCUUGCUGCUAUGGCAUCCAGGUAGCCAUUACUGUUAAUUUUGAAAGCUACAGGUGCUAUUCAUGUGGCAAGUUCAACUCAAUACCAAAGUUUAUUUCCACAUAAAGCUAAAAACUUGUCUCCUCAGACAUGUGACCCUAAACUUCAGGCUUUGUAAGGUCAAAGAUGUAUUUUGGAUUUCCUGUGUUUUUGUUCUGCUGGCUUUCCUUUUUUAACUAGUUUCUUAAUCUUUUGAAAUAUUGUAUACUUAAAGCGAUUCCACAUUAAAUAUGAAGCUGUGACUACGA